GAUGAAUGUCACAUUGAAGAUGGUAGGUUUCUAUCGCAGAGGGAAGUUGAGGCGUGGAAGCUAAGGGUCUGGUGGAUAAUAGGUGGUAUGCUGCAUAAUUGGGUGGAACGCAGGCAAUUUCCAGUGAUGACUUCUUAUACGAUGACAAUAAAUAAGAGUCAAGGCCAAUCUUUGACCCAUGUUGGACUCUUAUUAAACAAACAUGUCUUUACGCAUGGUCAAUUGUAUGUGGCAGUAUCUAGAGUGACAAACCGUAAGGAUUUGAGGAUAUUGAUUUGCGGUGAAGAUGGGAAAAGCACUGACCGUACUACAAAUGUUGUUUACAAAGAAGACUUUUGAAAUGUUUAGUCUUUGUAUGUCUCAUUGUAUGCUUCAAAUGUUUACAAACAAGUGUUUCGAAAUUUAUUGUGUGUUUCGUAUUUUUCUCUUAUCCUAAUAUAUAAAUCGUACCUAUCAUUAGUAAUAA